AUGUCUUCCUCGGCACGAACAUCCGACGCGACCAUGCGAAUACCUGUUCCUCCUCCUAGCGAUAGUGAGGGCCAACAAAAUGAUCACCAAUCCUCAGAGCCAUGUCUUCCGCCGACCGACCGUGGAAAGGACGCUUAUCUUACUCUGAUGUGCUGCACAAUGGCCCAGCUACCAAUUUGGGGCUAUUCGGUAUCAUUCGGCAUUUUCCAAGAAUACUACUCCCGUCCUCCAAGCCCAAUCUCGAGCGCAUCAUCCGGCACAAUCGCAACCAUCGGCGCCCUCCAACAAGGCGUGAUGUAUCUCAUGAUGCCAUUCACUUUCCUCAUCCUCACGAAAUAUCCUCGUCUUCGCCAAUACUGCGGCCCGGUCGGCCUUCUCAUCACAACGUCCAGUCUCACUGCGUCAGCUUUUGUAGAUAGUGUUGCCGGAUUAAUCGCAACACAGGGUGCGCUUUAUUCGAUUGGCUGUGGGCUGUUGUUCUGUCCGAUUUCGCAUUACAUGAAUGAAUGGUUUGUCGAGAGGAAGGGAAUGGCGCUUGGGGUUAUGUGGGCUGGUAAAUCAGCGACAGGUAUCGCGAUGCCAUUCAUUUUUGACGCGUUACUUCGUCGAAUCAGUCUACGCGCAACUAUUCUCGCUUGGGCCGGUGCAUCGACAGCAAUGAGUUUACCAACCCUAUUCUUCAUCAAACCCAGGAUACCUCAUCAUAACCAAGCUCAAGUCCAACCUCUUUCAUUCAACUUCUUUCGGCAUACGUCUUUCUGGAUGAUGCAAGCUGGCGUGAUCAUACAAUCACUGGGUUAUCUCAUGCCAAGUACAUACCUGGCCAGCUACGCGUCAACAAUCGGAUUACCCAGCAUCACAGGUCCUAUCCUGCUCGCGUUAUUCUCAGUAGCUUCAGUCCCUGGUGGAAUCGUGCACGGUAUGGUUGGCGACAAGACAUCAGCGACAAAAGCCGUCACAAUCGCGUCUCUGGGCAGCGCAUUGCCCAUCUUCUUACUCUGGGGUCUGAGUCUCAAUCUCGCAAAUUUAGUCGUCUUCGUCGUUCUCUACGGCUUUUUCGCGGGCGGAUUUAGCUCAACAUGGUCCAACAUGUCAUCUGAUAUUCAAAAAGACGACGCGUCCGCUGACUCAGCGCUCAUUUUUGGUAUGCUCAUGGGUGGUCGGGGGAUAGGGUAUGUUUCAGCCGGACCACUGAGUGGUGUUUUGCUGCAGGCAAAAGCGUCUCUGUCUGAUGAGGCUUUGGGUUAUGCGACAAAGUAUGGGCCUAUGAUUAUUUGCACCGGUGUUACGGCCCUGUUUGGAGCUUGGGCGCCAAUCUGGAAUGGGUUGAGAGUUGCUCUGGGUACGACUGGUGGUCGCGGUCGCAACCAUUGA